AAUCGAUUCUUUAAUUUUUUUCUCUCUCGAGUGUUGAGUUGUUAAAUAUAUAUAUAUAUAUAUAUAUAUAUAUAUAUAAUUCAUUUUCGUUGUAAUUAACCUAUACUCAUAUUCUGUAUAGUUUCUCUUGAGUGCUAACUUAAAUAUAUUCAAUUCGACGCGCUAUAUAUUCAUCAAUUCAUGGCGUAUAGAACUUCAAGUAUCACAAGUUUGUUCGUGACAUUGGUGCUGUUAGGCACGAUAUUAUGUGAUGCACAAUUGUCUUCUACGUUUUAUGACAGUGCAUGCCCCAAUGCACUUAGCACCAUAAGAUCUGUCAUUCGUAGUGCAGUUUCUGCGGAGCGCCGCAUGGCUGCUUCUCUCAUUCGCCUUCAUUUUCACGAUUGCUUCGUUCAGGGUUGUGAUGCAUCAAUAUUGCUUGAUGAUAGCUCCACUAUCGAGAGCGAAAAGAGUGCACUUCAGAAUGCUAACUCAAUAAGGGGAUAUAACAUCAUCGACCAAGCAAAAUCUGAGGUGGAGAAAGUAUGUCCCGGGGUUGUGUCAUGCGCUGACAUUGUAGCAGUAGCAGCACGUGAUGCAUCAUUUGCCGUGGGUGGUCCAUCAUGGACUGUGAAGCUUGGACGAAGAGAUUCUACCACUGCAAGCAAAAGUUCGGCUACUAGUGACCUUCCACGAUUCACAGACGAUCUUGACACUCUUAUCUCUAAAUUCAAUAAUAAGGGUCUCACUGCCAGAGACAUGGUUACUCUAUCCGGUGCCCACACAAUCGGACAAGCUCAAUGCUUCACAUUUCGUGGAAGGAUAUACAAUAAUGCAAGUGACAUUGAUGCAGGAUUUGCUAGCACUCGUCAACGUGGUUGUCCAUCCGUCAGUAAUGAUGAUAAUGAUAAGAAAUUGGCAGCACUAGACUUGGUCACACCCAAUUCAUUUGACAACAACUACUUCAAGAAUUUGAUUCAGAAGAAGGGUCUUCUUCAAUCAGACCAAGUUCUGUUUAGUGGAGGAUCUACAGAUUCUAUUGUCUCCGAAUACAGCAAAAAUCCUACAACCUUUAAAUCCGACUUCGCAGCUGCUAUGAUAAAAAUGGGAGAUAUUGAACCAUUAACUGGUUCAGCUGGAAUGAUAAGAAAGAUUUGCAGUUCUGUCAACUAAGUUUUUGGACAUGUCAAUCUUCAUUGUGUUGUUUAAAAUUUCUUAAAUUAUUUCAUUUCCGCCUAAUAGGUGUCAAAUAUUCUUAUCAAUUCCUUUAAUUGUAUGUAGUUCCUCUCUGUUCCAUUGAUCAAUAAAUUGUAAGUUUCCUUGCC